AACCUCUUGAGUUUGGUUUGUAAACGUCCACCAGAGAGAGGAACGAGAACGACAAAUAUAGGUGACGAUAAGUUACAGUAUAUUCGCGAUUCGCUUGUUCGUCAAGUUGGCUGUGGUACUCUGUCAGCAGAAUUCUAAGCGCCAUCGACUGCAGCCUUACGAUAAAAUAAAUAAAUAAAGCUCAAGGACGAAGUACCCAAUGGACUCCUUCCUCGGCUCGCCAUUUGGGCAGAUCUCCCCGCCCGAUCCUCCCGCCCCCCCACCGCCCGGCCAGAUGCAGCGCCCCGCAACACGUCCCCCUCCACCCGCAGACUCAUGGUCCGCCCAGCAGUCGUCACUGGCACUGCGCUUCUACAGACUCGGUCUUCCCGGCGUGGCGGAACUGGUGCUGGGCGCGAGUAAACUGGAUACCUCGGCGCUGAUGAAGGACGCGGCGACGUUGGAGGGCGGGUAUUCAGCUUCUGGCGAGGGAAUAAUUACUGGGGGAGAGAGGGAUGGACAAGGAGUUAUUGUUGCUGCGCACGGAAGCUCUGGUGCUGGGAGUGCUGCCGGCGCUGGAGGUAGUGGUGGUGUUGGCGGGGGGGUAUCGACGCCGCCGGAGACUCCUAGUACAGCAGCCCGCACCCGACCCGAAAAGUCCGACCGCCUGAUAGCCCACAAGGCCAAAUCGAUAAUGGAUCUCAAGCAAGCCGACUUCGACAUCCAAGUCAUCCUUGCACGCAUCUCGGCGGUGGAGUACAACCCGCUGGACCCCGUGCUCGCCGAGGUGCCUGAGAGUGCGAAGCCGUACGCCGGCUUCCUCCUCGGGCUCGUGCGAUGCUACAGUGAGACUGACAAUGAGCACGAGAAGAAGACGCUCCAGUGUGUUGCCCUUUACCAUUUGCACAUCGUCUUUGAUGGUCUCGUGAAGAAUUUUAGGGGGAAGGAUGCUAGGACUAAGGCUUCCGAAGUUUUGUGCCACGUAAUGACAGACAUGCCCAUGGCCAAGUCUGCGAAUUCUUUCGUUACCCUUGCUACCGCUAGUCGCUGGCUGAGGGAGUUGUGUGACUACAUGGGCGGUGCGAGGUUCGCACAGCAUUUACUAUAUGUUAGGGGGGAUUUCACAAUCACUAACUUCAAACAAAUGAUGACGUCCGCCGAGCGUUUGCGAAUAAUCAAGGAGGCGCUCGCGGACGCGAGGGAUUACUAUAGGGCGCAGUUGGAUGAGUUUGAUGCUUUGGCUGGGCGGUGAGGGUAGUUCUAGAUGGCUUGAUAUAUAUCCUGCUAGCGAUUUCUUUUCCUUGCUUCCUUUUUUUUUAUCCUUCCUUUUUUGUGUAUAAAGUUGAUCGGUUCGGAUGGGGGAUUGAAGGGUUGACUCGCUGCGGGGAUUGGGUAGUAGAUGUAUACUAACUUACGUCUAAUGGAGUUAUUCAUUUUUCUCCCC